AUGAAAACCGUGAUCUACAAUGGAUCAAUAAAAAGUGAACAUCUAUGGCACCACUGUAGAAGCACUUCGCGGAAGGGGUGUGGACUUGGAGCGUCUUCUUUCAAGUCUGGGAUGCCGGUGUAUCGUAAUGGAUGUGCCGGAGCUGGCAGGAGAAUAUCGGGGAACGAUGUGGAAAAGCAAAGUCGCAAGCCUGAAGAGCAAGCUGAAGUCCAAAGCUCAGCUCCCAUAUGUGAACUUACUCCUGAUUCGUUUGUCGAUUCCGAUCUAUUUCUUGAAGUUAAGGGUGAUCCAGAUGCCCCAUCAUCAAGUAUUGCUUUGCAACCAUGGUCAGCUGAAGAAGGGGAAAUUAGUCAGUCACGCACAGAGAGUGAAGCAACGCCAGUGAAGCCAGAAGACGCAAAGGACAGUGCCACCAUGCCUCUGCUUCGUGCACCGCGUCGACGCGCCGCUCGUUUAUGGUAUUCUCCUCAGGAUACACCGGAAGCGAUGAAAAACAAGAAAAUUAAACUCACUAGGAUGAAAGCAAAGGCCGAUCGCGAAUUUCAAUGCCGUAUCUCGGGUUGCGGCAAAAUUCUUCAUUUCAAACAAAGCUGCCGCAGGCAAGGCCUGGAUCACGUGCGAUCUCAUUUCCCUAGAAAAACGAGACGUUGCAAAAUUUGUGAUUAUGCUGGGAAUACUAACGCUUCGGUUUACAAUCACCAUACCAGCUGCCAUCCUAACGAGUUUUACCCAGGACCACUUGCUACUGAAACUAAAGAGGAUUUGGAGGAACUGCAGCAUCUAUUCCACCAAGCUUUUCCAGAGAUUCCUGGGAUCGAAGCAUACAUGAGCAUGAUCUCGUAAGAAGUUCAAGCAGAUCUAAUAAAAAUGAGACCAUAAUAGGUAAAAGUUGGGGCUGCGCCCAAUCGUUGAUGAUAUUCAAAGUCAGCGGUAGAAAUAUAUUCUCGCUUUCGUUUCUUUUCUUGAAUUUUGUUGGUUUUUGUGAUUAUUGUGCUAGUCUAGCUGUGGUGUCAUAUCACAUGAAUCGCUUUUUAACAUUUAUCUUAAAAUGGUUUAAUAAAUAUUCCCUAACUGGGUAGUAUCGUACUUAAGUGAACUUUUUU